UCUGCCGGACGCCGGGGACGUUCAGUCGGCACCGCGUACCACCCGCGUUCGCCUCGUUGUCAAACCCACCUUUCCGAACGAAACUUAACCCUUUGAGACUAUCAACCGGGUCUAAUAGACCUCCGAUUGAUCAUCCGAGCAAGUGUAGGGACUACAGAAACUUCAGGAACUCGUGGGGGCUUUAAGGAUCGAAGAUAUCGUAAAGCUUGAGAAGAGUCUGUGACCCUCCGAGACUAUGAGCUACGUCUAAUAGAUCUCCUUAAUAAAUCUAAGCAACUUUGAAGAUUAUACGAGUUCUGGGAACUCGUGGAGGAUCGAGGACACUGUGAAACUUGUGAAGGGUCUACAGUGUACAGAGUUUCUGGUGACUGUAAACCAGAGUCAUUGAAGAGGACCUCAGUGGUUCGAGAAGGGGAUACUGAGAUUCAAAGGACGAAAACGAAACAACGCAGAGAUGCCAGUGGGUGGUCGGGUGGCUGGUAAAGUCGGGAUUUACAGCUCUCACUAUAAUGGAAAAGGCUACAGUGGUAUAAACGAGGAGAUCAUGUGGAUCAGCAUCGGUAUGGGGAUAAUUAUCGCCGUAUUGAUCACCAUAGCAUUGUGCUACAUAGCGCGUGAAAAAUGUCGCAAACGACACGAAGGAUACUACGCUUCCUGACGGACAUUACCACCGCCCUCCUGGGCCUCCUGGUCCUUUUCACCGUCGACGCCGGGCGUCUUUUUCAGCCCUACCACGUCGAGAGGGAAACCGAGGGCGUACUACAUCACCGUCUAACACCGAAAUCCGGUGACUAAUGAUCCCACUUCAACUCGAGCGACCUGACGUUUCACGGCGACCGCAAAAAUCGACCAAUCUCCUUCUUCUUUAACCUACACACACACACACACACACACGCACCUCCAUCUAGAUUUCCUCUUUACUUCUACCUAGCAUUAUCCGUACAAAAAGAUAGAGGUAGAGUCAUCGGGAAGAUGAUCAUGACUCGGGAGAUUCAAAGGAUUGCACGAAUGGAAAAAACAUGAUGCGACAGCUCGAUUAAUCUGAACGUAUUCUGAAGAAAUUUCCUUUUUCAAAAAGUAUAGGUAUACUCAGAUUUGAAAAUCAUAAGAUAUUUACUGACUGUCGUUUCCUUGGCUACGUGAAAAUUUCAGAUUAAUCGAGGUAUAAAAGAGCCAACAAUUUCGACUCUUCAACAACGACAGAUUAUUUAUAACGAGACGUAUCUAAACAGAUUCGUCGUUACAGCUCAAAACUAAAAACUGAAAACCAACGAGAAACUUUCAACGAGGGUCAUGUAAAGGCUUCAAGUUUUAACGGGCGUGUAAUUUAUCACAAGCCUCUGUGCACCGUAACUUCAAUGAAAAAUCCUUUUUAACUAGACGAAUAAUCUCAACUGUAAUUAUAUCAAAGUAGAAAGCUACUUUGUACUCGUUAAAACUGAAAGCGUCUGUACCUUGGUGAAUGUUUUAGAGACACUCUGUAUAAGCGGAUCGAUUAAUCUUAUAUAGGUGAAGAACACAGAACGUUUUAUCAAUUUUAUAGACAUUCUACUGACGGAGAAUUGAAUUUUUUCGGGCAAGGGAUUUUAAUAACUUCGAUAAGUUAAUUGCGAUGAAUUUAUUGACUUUCGAAAUGAGAGUAGCGGUUAAAUUCGUAAUUAUUUAAUUUUAAAAAAGCGAAUAAAGCUUUUCAGAAUUAAAGAUUCUUAUUGUCAGGUUUGAUAAGUUUGAUAAUAAUUCCUUGAUCACUGCAAUGCACACUCAUUGACCAAGAUUUUGGGUUAGAGCAAAGUUUUCUGGAGCCACAACUCAUCGUCAGUUCAAGGUUUCGAGAAUAAUAAAUUUGAAACUCUAGAUUCGCAGAACGCACGACGCCUCUGUCAAUUUCUGAACGAAAUCUUUUGGCAAACAUCGCGACACCCAAAUUCAUAGUGGAAUUAUACUGCCAAAUGGUGAUAUAGCGAUCCUCUAGCCACUUCCGGUUCCUUUCGUUACAAAAAUAUGAAAUUUCAUCGAAAUUCGUUCUAAAUAUACAAACUUUCUUUACAGAAUUUUGCAAAUUAUCAAUUUUACCAAAUUCAAUUUAAUUUAUCAAAUUACCGAUUUAUUACUCCCGAAUUUUCACGGCGAGGAUUUACGAGUUGCGCUCUGGCAAAAACUUUCAGAUUGAAUUAAACCCUUUCCACCGCAGUUGGCUAUAUCUGUCGAAGAAGGCAAUAAAUUCAGCCGGCAAUUCGUUUGCACGAGGGAAAUUUGAUUAGCCUUUCAAUUUAUAUUUAACUUUGAACGUACUGGAACGUCAAUUCCGAAUAGGACAUUUUCGAGCAGUGCUUAGCAAUGGCCACAAAUGACCAAACAGUGAUAACCAAGAACAAUUCUGUCUACACUAAAGCUAAGCUCAGGAGCUUAAACAUCUUUCCUUCCUCUCUCGCCUAGUAUAACAUUCAAUCUUCGACUGAUAGGAAAUUUUCAUAUUUAAACGCGUUUACUAUCAUCGCGAUCGGAGCAUCGGAAAUUUAUUAUGAACUAAAAAUUGCCACGGACCCUUCUUAAAUUUCCGCUACCAAUUAUUACCAGCGAUCCCAAGAUAGUAAUCAACGUGUUUAAACGAUCAAACCAGCAAAUAUGUAUACGAUUCAGAUAUGAAACGAUAUCAAACGUUAAAUUAUGAUCGCUCAGCUCUGUUUGCAUUGGCAGAUAUGCGUGUAAGUAAACAUGUUUCGAGUGUAGUGUGCACACGGCUCAAGUAGCACGUCAACGUACCCUAUGCUCAACAGCUUAACCAUUGGUCACGAAAUUUUCUUGAAAUACCUUUCCACGAUGAAUAAAGUUUCGAGGGAAACAGACGAAUACGUUAAUUUUUCUCCCGAGCUUGUUACAAAUAUACGUGAUCAAUGGUUAAAUGGUUAAACCUAUGCAUAAUGAAACGAGUUUACAGGAAAUUAACGAACACCCUACCUUCUGAAAUAUACAUUUCGAUCAAUGUGUUCUGAAGCUGAAACUUCUCCGAUUUAAGUCGUAUUUCAAGAAAGUUUUCGCUUCCUACGAAUAAAUCUUCUUCGGACAGGGAUUUCCAAAGUGUUAUACUUUGGAAGCAAAGAAAUAUCUCUCGGCGUUCUGUAUAAUAAUUUUGUUUUCAAUUCUACAGGAAUAAAGAGAGAUUUGAUUUGUAUAAUUUCGUUUUUAAAUCGUUUGAAUUUUCAUUCUAUUAUAAUGAAAGAAAUUGUACACCUAUGUGCUUUCUUUAUAUGAUAUAAUGUGAAUGAAUUACACGACGUAAUUAAUAACCGAAUGAAAAAUAUCAGAAACAACUGAAAGUAACCAAUUUUACCUAAUAUCUGAAUUUUAAUUUUUAAAAUCAAUCAAUGUUAACAUUUUGGAAAUUGUUCGCCUGAAAAUGUGUACAUUAUCCUUGAAACGAGACUGUAUCAACGUUAAUCGUUCCACUAAUUGUACAAAGGGUCUCAAUGUAACAAUUAAUACGCGUAAGGAUUCUGACCAAACUUUAGAAUAUACUUCUGUACUGAUCGUGAGUAUUAUACACCAGGGUCUCGGUCUAAUUCUAACGGCCUGUAGGGAACGAACAUAGACUAACGAAUAUUUGUUGUUAGAGAAUUAUACAUUGUUGAAGAGAAUUGAAUGAUAAAUCUGUUACGUAGGUAAAUAGUGAGAAUGUGAAAGAUGUGUUGAUUUUAUGCACAAGCCUCUUGAUCUUUCGAAUCGUUUCAUUUCCUCGAUUAAUAAUAUUGUCAACACCUUUUUCGUUAAUUAUUUAUUUAUGUAGAAAUAAUUAUACUUUAAAGAAACCGUAUAUUAAUAACCAAUAUUGUAAAUAAUAUAGUUCAAUGACUGUCGUAAUUUAAGUAUAUUCUAUAUUGUAAGAAUUAGAAAA